GCAAUUCUUGGCGGUCCCGUGCACUUUAGGUGGAUGUAUCCCAUUGAACGUUCGAUGGGAGUUUAUAAACAGUAUGUAAGAAAUCGUGCACGUCCGGAAGGUUCAAUCGCAGAAGCUUACGUGGUGAACGAGGCUUUAACCUUUUGCUCAAUGUACCUGCGGGGGGUUGAGACUCGAUUCAAUCGACCUGAGAGGAAUGACGAUCGCGUUGAAUCCCAACCAAAUCGGGAAUAUUCUAUUUAUAAGGCUGUUGGUCGUCCAUUUGGUAAGAAAUCAAGUAUGCUCCUCAAUCCGCAGUUAAAGCAAAAGGCUGAGUGGUAUAUCUUGAACAAUUGUGCCGAAAUUAAGGAGUACCUUAGUGAGCAUAUGGAUGAAUUAAGAAGACGGGGGGGCUCGAAUCUUGAAGUUCAACAAGAAACUGAUUUUCCUCAGUGGUUCAAAGAAAGAGUAUGUGUAUUAGUCAAUUCUUUUCUGAAACCCCACUUAAUCAAUCCAAAACUAACUUUCAAUGUUAAUGUUGAUAGGUGAACGGUUUGCAUGAGUCAACACCUACUGAAGUGAA